AUGGCGGAUGCGACUCUGGCCUGGGCAGGAGGAGUAGCAGCAGUGACAGCAGCGGCAGUGGCAGUGGCAGUGGCAGUGGCAGCAAGCGUGGGGUGGGGAGUGAGGCGUCAGAAGGACUCAAACCAGAACAACCGAGGCGGAACGGGCAGCAGCAAGCACCAACAGCACGAGCAGCACAAAGCAGGAGCUAGGAGGCGGAGGAGGGCGAACACCCAAGACAAGGAGGCGGAGGCCGAGGCCGAGGAGCGGCGGCUGCAGCUGCAGAUUGACAGGCGUUCCAACCGCACCCAGGCAUGUGGCAAAGGAAGGAGGAGGCAGCAGCAGCAGGGGCAGCAGCAGCAGCAGCCGCAGCAGCAUGUCCGACCAUCGAUGUCGAUUCUUAAUUUCACUAGCUUGCUCAGCUGGCUCAGCCUGCUUAGCUUGCUGCGAUGGGAUCAGCCCACCAAGCAGCGGACCCCGGCCGAAUCUCAGCGACAGAGCAUCAAGCUUCGUGAUUACAUCCCCCGGCCAUGCGGCCAAGCGGCAAAGUCGCAUAGAUCCAACGCUUUCUCCUUCCGCUGGGAUGGGCUCAAUUUGAACUGCGGAAUCGCAUCUGAUCCGACUGCAAAGCCUGCAAGCUUUGGCCCCGUCUCCGGUCUCGGUCUCGAGCCCGCGCUUCCACCGCAGCUCGUCACGCAGGCAUGCAUGCAAGGAAAGCGGGCUACAGGAUUUAUUGCUUCGUCCAGCCACCAUCUGAUGGAACGGGCUCAAGGCUCAAAGCAUUGA